AUGCAUUUUUUUACUGUACUCCUUUCUCUAUUUUUCUUCCUCUUCACCACCACUACCAUCACUCACGGCCACAACAUUACUCACAUACUUGCCAGCCACCCAUCUUUCUCCACCUUCAACCACUACCUCACCCUAACGCACCUCGCCGGAGAAAUCAACCGGCGAACCACCAUCACCGUCUGCGCUGUGGACAACGCAGCAAUGUCUGAACUCCUUUCAAAAAAGCCAUCAAUCUCCACCAUCAAAAACAUCCUGUCCCUCCACGUCCUCUUGGAUUACUUUGGUACCAAGAAACUCCACCAGAUAAGAGACGGCUCGGCCUUGGCAGCCACUAUGUUCCAGGCCACCGGGUCAGCUCCUGGGUCUUCCGGGUUCGUUAACAUAACGGACGUUAAAGGAGGGAAAGUGGCUUUUGGACCUGAAGUUAAUGAAGGGAAUCUUGAUGUGUUUUAUGUCAAGUCUUUGGAGGAGUUACCGUACAACAUUUCAGUUAUACAGGUCAGUAAGGUGUUGCCGUCGGAUGUGGCGGCGGCGCCCACACCAGAGCCCAGUGCUAUGAAUAUAACAGAAAUAAUGUCAGCUCAUGGGUGUAAAGUUUUUGCUGAUACUUUGAUUGCAAAUCGUGAAGCUUCAAAGACCUAUCAGGACAAUAUUGAUGGAGGAUUAACAGUGUUUUGCCCUCUUGACGAUCCAUUCAAGGCCUUUUUACCUAAAUUCAAGAAUUUAACAGCUUCUGGCAAAGAGUCAUUCCUUGAAUUCUUCGGUCUCCCUAUUUAUCAGUCUUUAGCUAUGUUAAAAUCCAACAAUGGGAUCAUGAACACUUUAGCUACAGAUGGCCAAAAGAAGUUUGAUUUCACAGUUCAAAAUGAUGGCGAGGAUGUGACACUAAAGACAAGGAGUACCACUGCAAAAAUAGUUGGGACUUUGAUCGAUGAGCAGCCACUGGCUAUAUAUACCAUUGAUAAGGUCUUGUUGCCUAAGGAAUUGUUUAAAGCAGCACCAACACCAGCUCCGGCACCUGCCCCGGAAAAGGAGGUGGCAGAUGCACCAAAAUCUAGCAAACAUAAGAAGCCUACCGCCGAUGAUUCCCCUUCGGACUCGCCAGCUGAUUCACCUGAUGAUGACCCAGCAGACCAAACAGCUGAUGACAAUGCUAGUGUGAGAUUUGGUGGUGGAAGACUUAUUGCCACGGUAUUGAGUUUGUGCUUAGGGCUUUUGCUGCUGUAA